UUAUUCAAGUUUACAAAUGGUUUUAGAAAGUGUGGACCACUAAAACAUACCGGUAACCACAGUGUACGCCUAACCGUGUUUACCCGUCGUUGACGUCACGUAAAACUGCACACAGUGAGUUGUUUCUGUCGUCUUGCUAGCGGGUCGUGCUGAUGUCGGAGCUCUGAGCCAUGGAGCCUGGAGGUUAAUUAAAUCGGCAAUCCGUGGUCCCUAGCUCUUCCAAGAGACGGCGCCUGAUUAUUUAAGUUCGCUCAGUUUACCUAGUCUUUCAACAAGUUUGAUCUAGACGGUAAAGGGGCGAGAAGUCGGUUACAGAGGGUUAGAGAAUUCUCCCAUCCAGUUCAGGAAGGAAACCGAGAUGGACGAAUCUUUGCUUUCCCCGAGGUCUACGAUUUCCCAGAUGUCGUCAGUGACGACUCCUCGUAACACGCCAUAUUGGACCCCAGUCCCAACUCCCCUGAUGAGACGCCACGCCCAGCAGCAGCAACUGACGCAGUUUGAUAUAAAGCUUAUAGAGCUAGAUCAAGUGAAAAAAGAUGCUCUGGCACAUCUGAAGAAGUACAACGCUUUGCGGACGCAGUUUAUUGAGUGGUUCAGCGCAAAUAACAAGGCCUUUUGUGUGGCCUUACAGACUGUACAGCUGGCAGUUCCGGAUCUAGUCCCGAGAGACAUAUAUACCAUGAAUGACUUCAUCAAGGUUCUUGAAAUGUGCAGAUUGUUAUUAAGCAAAAAAAGAUGGCGGCUUACAUCACACGAAAAACUGGAAGAAUUUUAUGAAUUCUGGACACGACUAAGUGAAUUAAAAGCAAUGGGAGAUAAGAAUGUCUAUGAAAGAACUUGUGAAUUUUGCGAAAGCAUUACGAGACUUCGUGAGCCUCAAAUCAAAGACAAAAUCGAUCGUCUGUAUGCAAAACUGAACAAGGAAUAUUCCAAUGACUUCAUCUUCAAAGAAAUCCACAAUGAGAGGGAUAAUUUGUUCACCUACAGGAUGAUGCAGCCGGCGUUUCUUGGCCUAAUUAGUUAUAUUCCAUAUCUUUUGAAGAACGCAACAAAAGUGUGUUAUCUAGUCACAAAGUUACACAUAGAAAAAGAAUGAACUGUUAUUCCUUAAUUUUACUUUUGCUCAAUGUCUCAAAUUAUGUAUGUAUGUAUUUUUUACGCUUUCGGUGAGUUUUUAUAUACUGUAUAUUUUGCU